GCUUGUAAAAACCUGCGAACCUGUAGCUGAUAUGAGGGAAUGCAGAGCUCCUAAGGAUUGGUCAUUACUCGCUUUGCAGAAUGUUAGAACUGGGAAGUCUCAUUAUCUCGUAAUUUGCAGGUGCCCUGACAACAAUAUUUUAGAGGGACCGAUGAGUCAUGACCAACCGACCUACGCAAGUGUUCCUGGCAUUCGUGUCUAUGGGAUGAUGUGUGUACAAGGUAUCAGGAGAGGACGUCCACUACGGUAUGGACGCAAUCUACUGGGUUUUGAAGUACAAGAGGAGUUUCAACCGUCAUUUCCAUGGCACAGAGUUCCAGAAUUGUUGAAAACCGCCACAUGGGACUGACGUGCAUGUGAUAUUAUCACUUGAAUGAGUCAAUUAGUCCCCUAAAUACCGUACUAUUUAUUAUGAAAUUCCAUCCAACUUCACCCACUCAUUCAAGUCUAUUUUCCAUUGCCUUAUAUAUACCGAUUUUGCUCCAUCAUUUAAUUUAUUACUCCAUUUAUUAGAAAAUGAAUCAAUCCAACAACUUGUUACAUCUUUAUCAAAAGCGAUGCGGUUGAAAUUCUCUUAUUCUGCUCGCAACAAAUGGAUAUUUGAGGAAUUUGAAAUAAAAAUAUGAUGCAAGGUCAGCCAAUAAUUUCAGUCACGUAAGAUGACACGUACGCAUUUUGGAUUUAGACGUCAAUUAAACUUUUAUGAGAAUCUGAAAUGGAUCUAUUGGGAUUUGAUUCAGGAGCGAAGAAUGAAGGACACGUCUGAAAUGAUCCUGCUGAUUAUCAGUAUUUUUAGGCAAAAUUGUCGAGAGACUUCUUCUGUAGACAAAUUAAUGGUCAACCAAAUGAGUCUUUGCAUAAUGUUCUCCAAAUCCUUUCGCCUUUUAUCGCUCAACAACAAAAUUGAAUUUUGUUUAUACAGCAGUCCUAUCGUUUUCCAAUAUUAAAUAACUAUUUUCUUGUCCUCUCUGCAAUAAGAUUGAUUACUAAGUAAGUUAAGCGUAGCCAACUUGAUUUAUCGCGCUGAAUAAGAUCAUUGCAAUAUAAAAAUAAUUUUUGACU